GGCCGUUCGAAUAACAGCGGCCGCGGCCCGGCUCCGGGACUGAACCCCGCUACAACCCCAGCCUCGGCAGCCAUGCAGGAGAUGAAGGCGGACACGAAUUCCCCAGCCACGGUACGGGUAAAGCUGACACGAGGCGGGUCCCGGUGGUUGCCUCGGCGGGUCUGCUUCCCUAAGGACGGGCGUGUGGUUCUUCGUUUCCCGGGGCUUUGGCAAAGCCGGAGCCUUCGCCAGCGGCAUUCGACGGCCGCAUUCCUCGCGGGUUCCUUUGCUACCCCUAGCGCAGGUUUGGAAAAAACCUUCUCCUUGUGCCCUUCCUGUGCCGUGCUCGGGGCUAUCCCAUCCCGCGGCCCUAAGCCUCCUCAGGCAGAAGCUGCGGAGAUGAUUUCCGAGGGUCUCCGAAACAGCAGCGAGGGAUGAGCGUCCCUUCCUCGCACGACUCCUCCCUGGUCUAGCUGGUGACCCCGUAGGGUCCGGUUCCCGUUGAAUUCGUGGCCGCGGGGUGUGUGCGUAUCGGGGGUAGUUUUUCAGGGGUCAGCUGGGAUGUGAGUCUAGUCAGGUUAGAGGGAGACGUAGCAUCGGGGGCCAUUCUCUGCCGAGCCCCCGGCUUUCCUGAGCUGCGCUGGGGCCGGGGGCGGGUCUGUGCUCUCCGUCACUUGGCCUGGGCAGGGUGACGGCAGUGAGCGCGUCCAGGGCCGGACGCUUCCCUUCCCCAUGGCCAGGCGCCGGAGGUUUCUGUGCCGUGCGCGGUGACAUGGGGUGGCGCAGGGCCAGGAAGGGGAACCGCCGCCUGCCAGCCCCGCCGAAGAGAAGCUCAACUUUUCUUUUGUGCGUGGCCGCUGGCUCCCCGGCCUUUCUCGCUUGCCGUGCUCAUGGCGAAUAUACCCCGGCCUGCCGACGACAGCCGCGCGGCCCCGUCUGGGCAGGGACCUGAUAGGCUGGCCAUGAUGUCUCUUCACAGUGUAAGAGUUGCUGCUCUCCUUGAGUGGGUGAACAGCACAAAGGUUUGUCCUGAUCCCCUCAAUGAUCUGUCCCAGCUCCAGGUCUGUAGCGACUUCAUCGGAAUUAUCCACAAAAUGCACAGGAGCAAGGAGGGGGAGUCUGUGCUGUAACAGCUGCUGCCAGAGACGAUCUUCUUCACCCAUGGUUUCCUGCAGGGUAAGACCCUCUGCUGGUGCUGGGGAAAGCGACUGCCCCUGCUUGGUGCCCCUGACCUCUGAGGGAGUCUGGUCUGCUGUCUUCAACUUCCCCCUCUGUCGCUGUUGAGUAAGACACGACAAAGACUCAUCAGAAGGCUAGUUUGCACAGCAUCUCGCUUUACUUUGAAAAUCUCUCUUUUAUGCACUGUUCCAAUACAGACAGACCAGAUUGGUCAAUUAAUCAA